CCGACCGGCACACGGCUGCAGCCGGCCGGCUCCGGGCUCCUUUAAUUUGGAGGAAACAGCUCGGACCGACGGGGAAAUAAACCUCUAUGCAGGGGCCGCGGCCGAGAUGUGAGAGAGGGUCAUGCCGUUGCUCAAGGGGAACGUUCGGCCUCGCCACCUGUGCCACGGGGCCGUGCCCGACGGCAUCGGCAACGAGCUGGAGUGCGUCACCAACGACACGCUGUCCGCCAUCAUCCGCCAGCUCAGCAGUCUGAGUAAACAUGCAGAGAAUGUCUUCGGGGAUCUUUUUAACGAGGCCAACACCUUUUACGGGCGCGCCAACUCCCUCCAGGACCGCAUCGAGCGCCUGGCCGUCAAGGUCACCGAGCUGGACCCCAGCGUGGAGGAAGUCUCUCUGCAGGACGUCAACCUGAGGAAGGCGUUCAGGAGCUCCGCCCUCCAGGACCAGCAGGUGUUGUCCAAAGGCAGCGCUCCCAACGCCGUGGCCGAGAUGCACGACGGCAGCGACAGGCCGCCGCCCCUCGGCGACCUCACGGCCUUCAGAGAGGAUUCCACCGACGCCAUGAAGUUCUACUCCGACCCGUCGUACUUCUUCGACCUGUGGAAGGAGAAGAUGCUUCAGGACACGGAGGACAAGAGGAGAGAGAGGAGGAGGCAGAGGGACCAAAAGAGGAGUGUGGAAAGCAGCACCCUCCAGAGAGAGAUGAAGAAGGUGAGGAAGGUGAGAAACCGGAACACGAUGGCGUCCGACAAAGAGCUUCGCCAUCCGCAGAGUCUCCGUCGGGGGGCGUCGUCUGAGGGCUCGCUCUCCCCGGACGGCAGGCCUGACCUCCUGGGAUACCCCGUCCCUCCACCGCCUGCAGCCCAGGCGGCUUGUAAUCAGGCUCGGUCACGUGAUCACGUGCGUGGCAGCGCACCCCCCUCACCACCUGUGGAGCACGAAUACCACAGCAUCGACGACAAGAGAGUCAACUGCGCAGGCGCAGAGCUUCUGACCGGUCCGGCACAUCCACCUGUAGAUUACGACACUCUCCCCCCGCCUCCUGCCCCGGGGCCCCCCAUCCCAUCAGACCAGACAGCCGUUGGUUACCCUGCGGGUGCGCGGCCACCGGCGUCAUCCCAUAAUAAUGGAGCUGUGCGCGGAGGCCCGGGCUACCCGCUCCCACCUGUACCCCCUCCGGGGUCGCACAUGUCCCCUCCUCCCCCUGGACCCCCGCCUCCGCCCCUCCGCCCCCUCGGAGCGGAGACUCAACCUGUGAGAGAUGGGAGGAGUGACCUGCUGUCCGCCAUCCGUAUGGGCAUCCAGCUGAAGAAAGUGCAAGACCAGCAGGAGCAGCAGAACAAGCGGGAGCCGGUGGGCAACGACGUGGCCACCAUCCUGUCCCGGCGCAUUGCGGUGGAGUUCAGCGACUCUGACGAGGACUCGGAUCCGGAUGAGAACGAGUGGUCGGACUGACUCUUUGGCUCCCCCUGGUGGACACUGCAGGAACAACCCACUGCUGCCGCCGACCACCGUUAUUACUUCUUUCUUGCAUUAUUCAUGUGAUGCCACAUUAGUUUUUCAUGCAGCAUUCUUUGAAAAACAGGUGGACUUUUUUUUUCAGGUUUCAGAAGUUGUAAGUUGUAUGAUUGCUUAAUGUUAGCCAUUAGUUUUCUCAUUUUGAAAAUACUAAUACAAUUCUGGUAAACAUUUAACCCAGCAUACUCAUUCCCGACAUUGUGCAGAAGACCCUAAAAUCUGAUGUUCCAGUUCUAGGCCUUUUUUUCCUUCUUUACUGAAGACAUGUUCUGAAGUUGCAGGUAAUAAUAAAUAAGUAAUUGAUUGGCUGCAUUCCAUUAAGCUGCUCCAGUUUCAAGAUCCUGGUAAUGUGCACACUAUAGUUUACUGGGAUACUUGAGAAGAACGGAGGCAUCAUUGAAGUAGUACUUUUCAUAAUAUCACCAAUUGAAAUGUCUGUUAUGGGAAGAGGCCUAUUAUUUAUAAUCAAGUGCAGGAAUAUAUGAAGUCAAACUUGAAAGGAUUCCAGAAUGUAUUUUCGACAUUUUCUGAAAUUAUACAUCUGUGAUAAUAUUUUGGACUAAAUGUAUACCCCUCCCGAUAUUAUGUAAUUCCAUGCAACAUUUUAUAAUUGCUACCUCAUUGUGUGACUAUUCCACUACCACGGUAGGUGUAUCAAGACCAGUCUGAAUACAGUUUUGUUCUGCCAUUAAAUUCUUAUUUAUUAUGAAAGGUCUUUGAAAAUGUGGAUUUAAAAGUCAGUAUUAGCACGAACAUGAUUCCUCUUCAUCUUAAUAUAAACUGUUUCUGGGCACCACCAUCCAAUUGUAGUUAUAUUUAUAGUAUAAUCUACAUAGUAGAACAAAUCAUAAUGUUGUUUGUAGUCAUAUACACAUAUACAGAAGCUUUAUUAUUUUUGUAAUAUGGACAUAUGUGUCUGAAAUAAAGUUGAAUUGCCUUGACAAAUUA